UUUAUCUCAUACUUGGCCACUACUAUGAGCAUGUUGGCCUGAUGGUCAGUUUGGAACGUAAAGGUUUAUUGGCCAAAGGUGAAUAUUUUGUUGUUGGCAUCGAUAUUGAACAAUAUGAUCCAGCUAAUCCGGAUAAAUAUUUGCGUGGUUUACUGCUGGAGAAAAUCGAUUUAAGCGCAGAAGUGGCUUUUCAAUCAUAUGUGGGCAUCUUUCCAACAGCGUCAUUGUCGUUUGCUAAAUUUGCCAAGGAGGUCAACAAAUACAUGGAGCUGCCGCCAUUCAAUUUUCCCAAUCCUCUAGGCUAUUUUGGUGGCGAAAAGCAGGUGAGUGAGAAAACGGGUGUGAACUUUAGUG